UCUGUGACUGUGGAGUGUGUAAUAGUGUUAGAUGUUAUUAGUAGGACGUAUUAAUGAAUAUUUUUGUAUCUAAAUACAACAGUGGAAUGAAUUUUUAUCCCUGCCUCUCCAAGGUAAAAACUUAAUGAGAACAGAAUUCAUUUCAAAGGGAAAGGAAUACUAUGAUGAAACUGUUGCCAAGAUCUUGGAUAGCUGGCUUCAUGCUCAUCUCAGUAUCUUUUCUACAAACUUAAUUAUCAGCUGAGGAGUUGUCACAAUUUUCAUUUCUUCUGGAUUUGAGACUGGAGAUGUCCUGUCUAGAGAAAAAAUCUCACCACCACCUUGAUACUGAAAAGAAAGUAGAAAAUUCAAGACCCUCUCAAGAAAAAACUCUGCUUAAAUGGAAAAUAGCAAAUAAGUAUUCCAUUGAAAAUGCAGAUACUUCUGAAGAUGCACAUAUGGCUGGUAAGAAUUUCAUUGAAGGUGCUAUGAACAGUAUGGAUUUUGAACCUCUUCCCAAAUUAGUUUCAAAAGUUCCACUGGGGAAGCAGAAGUCUGGAAAAUCAAAGAUUGUAAAUGUUCUUCAAAUUUUCGGAAAGGUAGUGCAGUCAAAAAAAUGGAAAUUUAACAGCACUGAUUCUGAAUUAAGCAACUUUAACAAAAUGGAAGCUGAUCCAGUUGAGCAAGCAGAUCCUGCUUGUUCUGAAUCUAUGUUUGAUGCAGAAGAAUCUUCCUCUAAAAUUAAUAAUGGGAAAAUUGACAUGGAUGCAUCCAAAGUGCCAAACAAUGUAGAUGAAGGAAAACUGAAACGUCCAGAGAAACGAACUUUCUUUCGUUUCCGUACAAAAGAUCACAAUAUAAUUUUAAAAAAAGGAGUAGUAGUGUUUAAAUGUCACAUUUGUAGCAGUACAUAUCGACAGAAAUUUAGUUUACAUAGACAUUUUUGUAGGUCUCAUGUUAAUAGCAAAUAUCUUUCACCUGCUGAUAUUGCUAACUGUAAAAUUAAUGUUCCUGAUGAGCUUCACAAGCAGCAGGUUGUACGAAAAGAUGAGAAAUCUGGACAGGCAGAGAGCCGUAAAAUGAUGAAGAAGGACAAUGCAAUUGUUUUAGAAACCAAUGAGAGUCGUGUCAUGAAGGGACUAUAUAAGUGUCACGAGUGCAUUGGUAAAUUUUUUGACUUGGAAUCAGAACUCAAAUUGCAUUUAUCUUCUCAUCCUGAUGCCCAAAGAAAAAAAUUCAGUUGCGAUAAAUGUAGUGCUGUAUUUCUGAAAAAGCAAGUUCUUUCUAGGCAUCUAGCUUCUCAUCUUGGGAAAAAUUCUGAAAAUGUUUGCAAAAAAUGUGGCCUUACUUUUCUUACUAAAGCUGAGUAUUCCAAGCAUACUGUGAUGCACUCAACUGGUAAAAAAUGUAAAUACUGUUUAAAGGUUUUUUCUACUUGUGCAAACAGGAGACGACAUGAAAGAAUUCAUGAAGGUUUGAAGAGUCACUCAUGCAUACACUGUGAUAUGCGUUUUUCACAAAAUAAAGAUUUGGAUAGACAUCUUAGGAAAAAGCAUUUUGACUUGUGCAGUGUUUGCAAUUUGUGUCCGAAAGCAUUCUUAACCAAAAGUGAUCUUAAAAUGCAUGUGGCAGAACGACAUCCUGAUGCUUCAGGAACAAAAAAGAGUUCAGAUAGUGCCAAAAAUGCAGGAAAUGUUAAGAUUAUACAAGAUGCUUUGCCUCCACCUGAAAGCAGGCCAUGUCCUAUAUGUGAUAAGAUAUUUCCCAAUGUAUAUGCUAUGUUAAAACAUAAAAGUAAGUCCCAUGCUUCUAAGAAGCGUAAAAGGCAAGUGAAAUCCAUUCGCAAGGAUUCAACCCAAAAAAAGUAUUUAACAGCUGCAAUACAAGAUAAUGAGUUUUAUUUUAAUUUGUCAUCAAAAAUUGCAGAUAAUUUAAUAAAUCACGUGGAUGGCAAAGCACCCCAACUAUCUUUGAAAGGAUAUAAUUUUAGUGAUCAAAUUGAAUUGUUCAAUUUUAAUCCUGAGAGAAGUCGUUUGCCAUGGUCAACUUAUAAUUUUCCUAAUAAUUUUGAUGUUGAUUAUGCCAUUCAAAAUAAGGGUCAAGAAGUCAAAUCCAAGACUUGUGAUAAUCUUUCUAGUCGUGAUCGUUGUCUUUAUGCUACUGGAUUAAAUAAGAUCAGCCCUCCUGAUUUAAUUGCAAGUCCUGUUUUAAAUGGAAAUUAUUCAUCAGAUUCUAGUAUGGACCUUUCUGAUGCAGAUGGCUUUCAGACGGAUCAUGGGUAUUCACAUAGCACUGGAGAUGUGAACUUUGAAGAUCGACGAAAAAAGCUAAUUGGUAGGGAUGUUAAAAAGGUAUAUUUGUGCUAUGUUUGCAAGGACUCUUUCCAUUCCUUUGAUAGUUUUGAUGUUCACCGUAUUAAUAACCAUCCAAAUGUAGAUUGCGCAUUUAUUGAGAUUGAGGGGGAAAAAGAGUCACCGCCUGCAGUACCUGAGGAAUUAUGUUGGCAAUAUUUGAAUCCAGAUGGUAUUUACUUCUCAUGCAGUGUUCCUCCUGCAGUUUCUGAGAGCAUUGAAGCCAUACUGAAGUGCACUAAGUGUCACAGUGAAUAUAGAACUUCUCAUGAUUUACACUCACAUAUAAUAGAAUGUGGUGGAACUGAUAAUGCUCCAAAGUUCAGAAAGCCAAUUCAGCAGAAGCGAAUAAAAAGAACAAUGAAGAACCGGUUGGAUCUCACAAUAAAACUACAACCACAGAAAAAAGUACCUGACAAAAGUCAAUUUUAUAAAAAUAACCGCCGUUUGACCACCUCAAUGACAUGUAAUAAAAAUUAUUUUAUAACUACACCCAAGAAAAUGGUUAAAAAAGCAUAUGUUUUAAAACGGAAUAGCAUUCCUAUCAAACCCAAGUUUGAGUGCUUUACUUGUUGUCAAGAGUUUGCUACUGAAAGCAAGUUGAAAAAUCAUAUGUGUCUUCCUACUUUUGAAAGAAAAAGGCAAUCCAAGACUGCUAGUACCACUCUAAAAGUUGUUUCUGUAAGUGAAUUUCACAAAACUGGAGGGGAAUCUAAUAAACGUUUGGAUUCAGUAUUCACGAGCUCCAAGGACCAGCAGCCCAAAUCUGAUAGUAUAGCAGAUUCUAAUCCUUUAAAUGAAUCUUUAGUUUCAUUUUCUCCUUUGAAUAAAUGUGUCUCUAUGAAAAGCAGUAAUGAAGUUUCCUUUCCAACUGGUAUUUCUGAAAAAAUCUCUCAUGCAUCUACCUCAAAGACUGAAGCUUUGAACUGCUCUUUAAAUGAUGAAAGGUCAUCUUCAAAAAGUAAUGCUGAUCAUGCUCAGGCUUUUGCAUUGCAUGAUACUCCUAGUACAGAAAAAGCAGUUGAUUUAUGUAUUAGACCAAAAGAACAACAGCAAAUGUCUGCAUUAGCUAUAGCUAUGCAAAGUGUCAAUAAUUAUUCAGCUGAGAACCAAUUAAAACGAAAGAAAAAGUCAACUGUUUCAUCUUUGCAUGAAACCGUUGAGAGAUUGAAACGAAAGCAGAAAGCUGUUAUAGAUUCUGAAAUGGCAAAUAAUGGCAAUUCUUUAUCUCCUGCAAAACCAGAUGCAAAUGCCAGUUUUCAAGCCGAAAUUACAAAGAUUUCUGAAACAUCUCUGGGAAAUUCAAACCAAGUUGUACUUUCUGAAACCACAAAAACCAUUCCUUUUGUUGACCCUAUAAAUAAAGUUAUUUCAACAGAAUCAUCUAAUCAAGUGACAGCUUUAAAUACCCUACAAGCUUUGUCUGGAGAAAGUGAUGUCAAUAACACAUGUGAUAUGGAAUUUCCAAAAGCAUCAAAAGACUCAGAAGUGCAUAUGUCAUCUGAUACACUGCACAAAGAAUAUAAGAUUUUAGAAGUUGCAGAAAAUGAACUACAAAGUAAGAAGGAGGAUUUACCUCCAGAGAAGGUCCCGAAAUUGUUAAUCAAGCUUUCUUCCCACAAAAUUAGAAAGGGAAAUGGAAAUAAAUCAAGUAGGAAUUCCAAAGGAAUUAUAUCUAGAUCUUCAGAGAAGAAAUUGCAAAGUGAAAUAAACAACAUACCAGAACAUCAUAAUCUCAUUCAAAAUUCUGUUAUCCCAAAAAAUUCAGAAGCUCCAAAAACGGAUUCAUCUGAUGAAGUCUCCACAAAUACUGAUGUGGGUAGAAACAUGCUCAAAAAUUCUUCAGAAGGCCAGCCAAAUACUGAACAUUUUGCCAGUGAUAGUUUUACUGUAGGAAAAGUGCCUUUGUCUGAGGCAAGAAAAUUACCAGACAUAAGUGAUACCAUUGAUACUAUUUUAGCAAUGCCAGAUCUAUCAUCUGAAAAGCAAGCUGAAAAGAAUGAAAAUAUGUUAACUAUUAUAUGCCCUAAUGUCAAUGACUUUCCUUCAAACAAAGACUGUUCUGAACCCCGGAGAUCUAGUGGAUCUCAUGAAAGACUUAGUCCAUCUUUGGAGACACUCGUAGAUUCAAUUAAAAUGAAACUUCAGUCUCAGGAACCAGAAGAAUCUGCAGACAAUGGUCCAUCAAAUGGUAACUUGAGUUUUACUGUCAUUUUACCUAAUUUAUCAGACAAAAGAUCUGAGAUGAAUCAGUGUGCUGCAAACACAAGUAUUCUGCUGAAUAAUGAAACUGAGAAUCAUUCAGCUUCAAAUAGUUUGGUUGUUGAAACAUCCAAGAAUGAGGCAGCACCUAUUAGCAGUGCUUCUUCUUUCCAUUCUUCAUUAUGCUUUAAUCCAACAUACAUGACAGCAUUUCCUCCAGCAGCCAAACUUGAAAGUUCUUUUCCUUAUGCUGAAACAGAAAUAAAAUCUGGAGACUGCAUAAAUACUCAAAACGAAAAAAUUCACCCUCAUGUAUUAAGUAGUUCUGAAAGUUCCCUUUCAGAUGCAGAGACCAAAGAGAAGCAUGGAAAUAACUUAAGCAAUUGCUCUGUAAGUUCAGUUGCAGAGGCAAAGACAGAAAUGAAAUCAAAAAGCAGCAUAAGUAAUACUUCUAUGAGUGAGUCUUCUUCCAGUGUUUCACAGGUAGGAGUGAAAAAUAAUGCUUGUGAACUCGCUGUAAAUAGUUCUUUAAAUACUGUAUCCGAAGCUGAAAGUGCAAUAAAUAUUGAUGUAAAAAAGAAUGAGGAUAAAAAGGAAAAUUCAGCACCUCUGAAAUCACAAACUUCUCAGAUUUUGCUUAAGAAAAAAGGAAGAAGAAAGCUAUGUUCUGAAAAGCGUACUAUAGAGAGUGAAUCAAGUGCAUCUUUGCAAAAAAAUCAUAGCAGAGUACAUUCAUCUUCUGUGCAUUUAGCUGAAACAGUUGCAAGUUCUUCUAUAUCAAAUGAUAUUUCUAAAAGUGUAAAACCUUCACAAGAGGCUUCAGUACCUAUUCUAGUGCCUACAAAUGAUAUUACAAAUGCUGCUAGCUCUGGUGAGUGUAGCAAUAUAAGUUUAACCAAGCAGGAUUCAGCAUCUGAGGUUAUUCCAAACAUGGAUCAUGUUAAUAAUUUUGCAGGUGCAGAAUGCAAAACAUCUGAAGAAAAGGCUUCUAAAACUCUUUCCACAACAACAAAUUCAGUGCAAGAAAAGAAUGAAACUAGUACCAAAGUUGUCAGCGAGGAAUCGGAAGCAUCUCAAUCAUUUACCAAUAAAUUAAAAAAUAAGUUGCUUCUGGCACUUGCAGAACCAGAAGGAGACAAGAGACAAACCAAAAGGUCAAGUCCUCGCACAACUGCUUCUGAGGGCAGUCGAAAGAAAGUGAAACCUGGUACUCUUGAACCGGUAGGUUUAAGGUCAAAAGGGAAUUCAUUAGGAAAUAAAACUACCUCCAAACCACUCUCUCCUCGAAAAACACGCCUGUCUGGUCCCCUAAAACUCACCAGUGAAUUUGGUAAAAGUUUAGCAAAUAAGAUGAGAGAGAAGAUGAAGCUGUCAGCUGAAAAUGCUUCUUAUAAAGAUUCAUGUGAAAAUCAGCCAGGGCCAAGUCAUCAUACUGAUAUUCCUUCAAAUGCUGGUAGUGCCUUAUCUAAUGGCAAUUUGAAUUUAGUACAUCAACCAAGCUGUGAAAAUGACGUAACUAUUAAAAGUGAGUUUGAGAAGGAAGAUUGCACAAAGAAACAUUCUUGCCCUUAUUGCAUGUUAGAAUUUGCAUAUCUGACAAAUUUCCGGAGGCAUAUAAAAACGUGCAAAGAAAAAACUGAAAAUAUGGAAGCAGAAGCAACACCAUCAGCUCAUUCUUCUUUGCUGCAGUUCUUACCCAAGAAGGAUGAAGUUGAAGAAUCCAUGCUCAAUCUUUUACGUCACCAAUCACGACAAACACAAAUGAUGAAAGAAGCUGAAAAAAGCAGUGGCAGUCAAGUGAAAGGCUUUCAGACUUAUAGUUGCAAAGUGUGUAAUCGUAUUUAUCUGUCUCUUUUCAAGCUGCUGCAGCAUCAAGUUACUCAUAAAUUAGCCAACCCUGAUUCAAGAGAUGAUGCAACAGAAAAUGAAUGCAAAGACCUGGAACCAAAUAUGGAGGAAAGUCCAGAUUCAGACGAAGUAAUGAACAAUUCAGUGUGUGAUGGAAACAUGGAUGUCAAGAUACUUGCUCAAACUUCCCAAGAUGGUCUGUCUUUCCCUGUUAAGGCUGAAACAUCAGUACCCAUCUCUGAAGUCAGCUUAAAUGAGAGGAUUCAGAAUAGUGCAUACACAAAUGACUUAGAUAAAUGUCUUGAUAUUGCCAGUAAACAAAAUGAAGUAUGCAAUGAAAGAAAUAUAGUAAAUGCUUCACAAGAGUUGAACAUUAAAGAAGUGAUUUUAGAUAAUAAAGAAAAACAGUUAACAAGUGCACCUGAUUGUAUGAAAAGUGAGAGAGGUAUGUCGUCAGAGAUGUCUGAAAACAAUCCAAUGUCUGAAUCAACUACAAAACAAGGCAGUUCAAUUAAUUCUUUGAAGAAACAAAAUAUAUUGCAAAAUGAUACCAAUCUGUUGGCCAAAGCAGAUUCUGAUGAAAAAAAAGCUAUUCAGCAAAUGGUUUUAAGUGGAAGUGCAGAAGGAGGAUUACAUACCACUGUGGCUAGUACAGCAAUUCCACUUGAAAUUAAGUCAAAGAAAAAGAGUGUAUCAAAGAAGUUUCCUCCCAACAAAACUGCUGUGAAUAAGACAGUUAAAAAGGAAAAUGGUUCGAAGGAUGAUAAAAAAGUUAUUUCAUUAAAAGAGUCUCAGAGUAAAACAAAUCAUGUGCUCUCUAAUAAAUUAAAGACAAUUAAAAAAGUAUCUACAAAGCGUUUGAAAAUUGAAAAUAAGAAAAUAUUGUCAAAAGCAGUUAAAAAUAGUGUUUCUCCCAAGAUCUUGGAUGUGCUUCCAGUAAAACAAAAUUCUGUAUGCAAGAGUGAUACAAAACCUGUGGCCAGGAGAGGAAGGCCACCAAAAUUGUCUGUAGAAAAUGGGCUCAAAUCCAGAGAAACCAAAAGUUCUGACUUAAAGAAUGAUAAAAGAAUUAAACACUUACCUGCCCAGCCAAAAUUGAAAACUCUUGGUAAAUCUUUGAGGAAAAGUGCAGAUCAGAAAUCUGAACUUCCAGUCAUUGUGAAACGCAGGGGCCGUCCUUCAGGGAAGUUAAUUUCUGCAGGGAAUUCAUCUAAAUUGCCACCGAGUAAAAAAGUAAAGUUAUCCAAAGAGAAAAAAAUAGAGAAAUCACCUGGUACCUCUAAAAAUUUACCAUUGUCAGAAAGUGAAGAAACUGACUCAGAAGAAGAAGGCACAUUUGCUGAAGCUGGCCCCUCAAGUCCUUAUCCAGCAGUAGAUUUUUGCAAAAACAAAGCACGUGACAAAAGAUGUCCUAUAUGUAAGAAAAAGUUUCCUGCCCGUUUACUCAGGAAUCGACAUUUGCAGCUUGCUCAUCGAACAAAACCUGAUUCAAUAAAUUCUGAACUGGAAUCUAAUCUAGAAAGCAAGAAAAGUUAUCACGUGACAAAAGUAAAAAACCGUCGUGCCUUUCAACGGCAGUGCAAAAAAGUGCAAUUGCCAAUCCCAAAACUGAAAAAAGUGACAAAAAGUUAGAAAAAAGGUCUUUAAAAAAUAUGUAAAUUUUCGCAUUCAUUUCCUGUUAUUCAGUGAACUGUCUGACAUAUAGUUUUAAAACUACAGAAGUCUUUCAUUUUAAUGUCAUGAAAAAUGUCAAAGUGUGUUCCUGUUGAUUCAUGUACAUAAGUUGUCUAUAUAUUUAUGAAAUUGAAUGUGCCUUAGAAAAGGGUGCAAUCAUGUACUUCCAUCAAUCUGCGCUCUAAUUUUUUAUUUGUAAACCAUCAUAAUUGAAGGAAUAAAUGCAUUUUAGGAUAAUUAUGCUCUUGUACUAAUCCAACAGAUAAGCUGACUGUUUUAAGAAUUCAUAUUUUUUCUGUGAAGUUUAAAAAGCACACCAUUAAAUUUUUAAUCAAA